UCAGUCUUACGGACUACAGUAGGCCUCGCCUUUACAGUACCUCAGUUUUCCUGCGCGUCGUUUACAGAUAUCGCGAGAGCGGCUGUUGGGGUUAGCAGCAGGCUGAGGGAGAGACGGGAGAGAAGGUAAGCGGAGGAGGCUGCAUCAUGGCGGACAGAGACAGCGGUAGCGAGCACGGAGGAUUCGCCACAGGCCCCGGCGGCGGCCCGAUGCACCAGGGGGCGAUGGGCGCCUCAUCGCGGCUUCAGCAUGACACGGAGGAGCUGGCGUCCAAGCGCGUUGACAUCCAGAACAAACGCUUCUAUCUGGACGUGAAGCAGAACGCCAAAGGCCGCUUUCUGAAGAUCGCCGAGGUCGGGGCUGCGGGAAACAAGAGUCGCCUGACCCUGUCCAUGUCAGUAGCCGUGGAGUUCCGAGACUACCUGGGCGACUUCAUCGAGCACUACGCACAGCUGGGCCCCAGCCACCCGGACACGGUGCAGGACGAGCCGCGGCGCGCGCUCAAGAGCGAGUUUCUGGUGCGGGAGAAUCGAAAGUACUACAUGGAUCUGAAGGAGAACCAGAGGGGGCGGUUUCUGAGGAUCCGACAGACCGUGAAUCGGGGCCCCGGCUUGGGCACGGCGCAAGGCCAGACCAUCGCUCUCCCGGCGCAGGGGCUCAUCGAGUUUCGCGACGCUUUGGCCAAGCUCAUCGAUGACUACGGCGUGGAUGAGGAUCCGGCGGAGCUGCCCGAGGGCACGUCGCUCACCGUGGACAACAAGCGCUUCUUCUUUGACGUGGGCUCCAACAAGUAUGGCGUGUUUAUGCGGGUCAGCGAAGUAAAGCCGACAUACCGCAACUCCAUCACGGUACCGUGCAAAGUGUGGUCCAAGUUCGGUGCCACGUUCUGCAAAUACGCGGAUGAAAUGAAGAAGAUCCAGGAGAGGAGCAGGGAGAGGAGGGCGCGCGAGCUCUUACCGGAGGCCCUGCACGGUGACGACGGGGACGAGGAUUAAUGGACGUGACGCUUAACGGCGAGGACGGAAUCGUUUCGUUGAAGUACACUGAUGAAACGAUGAAUGACCAUGUAGACAGAAGUUACUGUAAAAGAAAUGGCGCGAUGGGAGAUUUCAAUGGAUCGUCAUCCACGCAACACUCACAGAUUUGCAGUUGCAUCACUUCGUUCAUCGACCGGUUAUUAUCCACUUACUCAACCAUAUAACAGUAAGCCGCUGCUAUCAAUAACACGAUCCACGAGCUGUGUCCGAGACGCGCAGAGUGUCCCAGGUCGGAGUGUGUCUGUGUGCCCAUGCGUUUUUGUACACGUCCAAGCUAUUCCACGAUACUGUUCCAAAGUGCAAAUUGACAAGAAAAAAAAAAAAAAAGGAAAACAAAUGCUAAGACUUUCUAGCACAAAGCUACUGUAUUUGGGAAUAUGUGAACCAAAUUUUUAAUAUGACAAAAAAAGGAAAUCUCCAUUUGAAGGUACGUUUAGGAUGAAGUGCUGUUUGUAUUGUGUGCUCUGCGCACGGUCCAUCUGCUGAACGGAUGUCGAUCCUGACCGACCCGAGGCAUCUGAGGACCUCAGAAAGUGCAGGUGUACUCACAUGCCUUUUAAAUGCAUAAAGAGCAAAGAGCAAAUGUCAUGCAACAUUUGUUUUCUACUCCAGAUUUAGUAAGGAGAGUAACAACGCAGUAAAGCCGGAGGUCGGAGAGACUAUUCUACUAUUAUGACCGAUAAACGUUUAUUUCUAUUAAAUAUAUCAACCCUAUUGCACCAUGCACAGCAAAAUCCGCAGUGUUGAAGCCACAGUGCUCGUUUAAUUCCUCUGGACACAAAAGAGCAUGGUGUAAAUCCAACGCUGGGGAUUUUGCUGUGUGCCCACUGCCGUUUGGGCACGUUUCAUUAAAGUGCUAACUUAGAAAUAUAAAUUUAUGAUUUUGUGAAUCAGAUGUAUUUAGAUUCUUAUUAAAAAAAUACCCACGUUUUCUGUGGGAUUUUCUUUCUUUUUUUCUGUUUGUUGGGGGCGGUGAGGGGGGGUACUAAAAAAAAAGGAGCUGUUCCACUAGUGUGAGCAUGCGCAGAUGUGUAGUGCCCCUGCACGGCGCAUCCACUACAACGUCCAAAACCAACCUGGUGCCUUAAUGCUCGCCACACGUUUACAUGCUUUACGUGUCAUGCGCUUCUGAUCGCUGUUCGUCUUGCUCGUCACAACAUCCCUGUCGCUGUGCCACUUGUGGUGCUUCUAAAGAACUUUUUAACAAGCCAAACUCUAAAGAGGCUCACGGGUUUCACUCCUCUCUAUGCUCACCUGGGAACACAGAUGAUGAUGAUGAUGAUGAUGAAGAAACAGUGUUUAUGUAAACAUGGAUGUAGUCACACAGAGGCUGUGCAGGUUUGCUUCUCAUGCUCCUAAUUUAAAAAUAAUGUUAUUUGUGGAAAAAAAAAAAAAAAAAAAAAAAGGAAGUGGUUAGGGAGAAACUUGCCAUCUAUGGCUCCAGCCCUGUGUUUUGCUCUUUGGGACCGUGUGAGUAGAAUUAGGGCAGAGGCGGUAGCCUGUAUGUUUUUGUAUGGUGCUAAUAAACCCCACUCGCUGGUUCAUCUGUUUUGUCAGUCUUGCAAAUGUGACAUUGAAUUCAAUUUUCAUCAACCGCACGCCACAUCUUGCUGUUCCAAGUUCUGCUAAUAAAGAUCAUAGCGCUAACAUUUCAGCCAGGGUCGCCAUAAAUAGGGACAGGCUGAUGAGUCCAACAGCCAUGAGUAGACAAGGGGCUCAAGCAAACAAAAGUGGUCCAGGAAAACAAAACCUGUCUGUAUCUGGGGGCCUAGUGCAUUAACCUGCCCGAGAACUUGCACUGGCACCCCUGGGUGAAGCAUCUCGUGCAAUAUUGUAGGUUGUGUGCCAAGACCUACAUUCUCUCUGUGUGGUGUGGAUACAGCAUUGUAUCUAACCGAAAUACGUGUGAACGCAUGAGGAUGAUUUUUUUUUUUUAAUGUUAUUGCGAAAUUUGUGACUGUUCUGACUGUUCCGUGCUGCGUAGGUCAAAGGUUGAUCUCCGAUGACCAUAUGCAGAACAUGAGCUUUUUCGCUGGUUGCUUAGCAGCCACGUCCCCAGUGUCGCAUGUGACGUUAAAGGCUGUCGAUGUCACGUUAAACAGCUCAGUGUGGAGCUUCUCGAGCAGUUGCGAAGUGUUAGCUUGCCCAUUUCUCUCUUUUAAUGGCACAAUGCUUCCUGUAUGGAGUCUUAAAUAUUUAUUUGAAGAAAAAUCAUAUUUGAAUAUUUUAUUAUUUAAAAAAAAAGUAGAACAUAAUCAGAAAAAUAAUGAAAUCUCUUAAAAUAAGACAGAUUACCACUGCUCGGAGAAAUGGCAAGAUAAGCGUUCUUUUGUUAGAGCAAGAAAUUAUGCUAAGAUUUGACAGCUGGUGUUUAUACGGUACCUGGGAGAAAAAGAAAUGCAGUCAGGCUCGCUAACAGUCUUAUGUUCAGUGAGUCUAUAAACACCACAACAGCCUACUGACUCAGUGGGAUUUUCCAGCUGAGGACUCCCCUUUAUCAGGUCUGUACAAUCUAACAGACAGCAAAUUUAAAUUUCCGACCAAGCAGGAGCAGCAACUGACAGCGUACUGAAGGCUAAGAUAAACUGAUUAAACCGUGUGGCUCCUCAUUGGUUGGAACAAAAGCCUGCACCCACACCUGACGUCUGGGGAUAAGAUUGGACCCCCCUGGCCUUGGUGGUAUCCUUAACCUGCUAAGGAUGUGAGUACACAGGAGCACUUUUUCUCUCUGCCCUCCCUUCUAACAUAACCCUCAGUCUGGUUAUGUUUGGUGUAGCCCAUUCUCUCCUCGAGAUGGGAGCUUUGUUUCUACACCACUCACUUCUAAUGCAGAAGCUAUCAAAAUUCCUGUUUGCAGACUUUUCUCUAUCUUCUAGACUUCCCCUCUCUCUUUGGGUGGUCAAGCUAAUCUUUUCCUAUCACUGCCCUGAUCUGAUUACCAGACUCUUCAAUGGGUGCCACAAAUGCUACGACUCGUCUAGUUUGAUUAAGCUUCUUGUCCGUACAUAAGGCACUACAACAACUCAAAACUGGAAAUAAAAACAAGCCCUUUGAGCUCGAAAGGGUGUUUUCUGGAACAGAUCCUUACAAUCCUAAACAAAUCACAAAUGUACAGGUUGUUUUGCACUCAAAAGAUGCCUCUCUCAAUCAAACACACAUGCUUGUGUAAGAGGCAUAUUCGGAAAAAAAAGGAACUAUAGUCCAUUCUAAAGGUGCUAUUAAGUACUAAAUGGCUCUGUGAUUUCACUUUCUGCCUGUAAAAUUGGCAGUGUUCCACCAAGAGUGUCUGUCCCAGAGUGUUAGACAUCACUCACUCCACACCAGCAAAGUUCUAGCUUUGCUUCCAAUCCACGGCGCUAUUUGCUAAAAGGUGUACAAGCACUGUGGUAAAUAUUGAUAAAGAGCAAAACACACACACACGCAUAGUACUCUUGGUUCAUAUGCAGGAAUGAAUCCUGAACGGUGCUCCAUCUGUGAGGUGGGGAACCUGAUUUAAGUUUAACAUAGUCUCCUGUUAGUGGUGCUUCUUCUGUUGUUGUCUGUCCUUAACUGUCAGAAUGUGUGUUUCUUAACAUUAUUGCUCUAUAGCUGUGUGACUACCUUAAAGCUCUCGUAUCUGCAGUUACAAAACAGAAUCAACCUAGACUUACCAUAACACAACCAAUAAAGGGGCAAGUAAGAUGCAGCAAAACUUUAAUAAGCCCUUGGUGAGUGUGUGUGUAUGUUUGUGUGUGUGUGUGUGCGCGCAUUGCUACAAGUUUUCAGUUCGCUUUCCUGAAAUCACAGCCAGAUGCAGUUCUCUGUUAGUUCUCCUGUUAUGGUCCUAAUCUGUCACAAGCAUAAGGCCUUGACCAGACCUGCUUAGCAUAUACAUGUUUGCAUAUUUAUGUCUUUCUACAUACAAAGAGAUUGUAUAGGCUAUGGGUUUAAAACAUUAUUUGGACAAUAGGGAUGGGUUUGGAAUGAUAGGAAUCAAGAGGAAAUAUAAAGGAGGAUCCCCACAUAUCCCAUGUUUCAUCCCUGUUUUAUUCUCUAUGAAAUGUGUUGUACUGAAAAGAUUAAAUAUAUGACAUGUAAUGUGUGUGUAUAUAUGGUUUGUUACAUAUGAUGCUCCUCUUUAUGAAAAAAGAUAUAAAACCUAUAUAUAUAUAUAUAUACAGGAAAAGCAUAUUGCCGUUUUAUUUCCUUUGUAUUUUAUACUUACAGAAAGCAUUGAAUCAAAUGGAUAAAUACUUGCACUUUAAAUAUAUUAAGAAAAAUAAAAAGUCUGCAUAUUAUUUUUGAUAGGAGAUCUCACAUUCAAAACAGUAUAACGUUACUUUCCAGGCUUUGUGACAAUUGCUGUUGGCCAGAGAUGUAUGUUCUUCUACUUAUUGAAGUCUAUUUUGUCUGUGUUACAGAAGGUUUACUAAAGUCAAUUGCAUGAUGAAGUAGUAGUGCACCAACUGUUCUUUUAUUUAGUUGGUUAAAAUGUCUGAUGAAAAAAAAAACUGUGACGAUUGCGCUCAUGUAUGUAUCCAUGUUAAACUUCAGCCAACCAUUUUAGGAUACGGUUUAUUUUCUGCCUUCCUCCUAACACAAAUAUGGUGCUUACAUUGGCUUAGAAGAAGUACCUCUCAUCCCACUCUUCAUCAUCCACCUCCGUCUUCUGUAUCCCGCACACAUCCCCUUGCUGUUUGUGUAUUCUCACAAGUUUAUUGAAUUUCUGUUAUUGGUAUCCAGUGUGUUUUUGUACAGGUACGUACCUUGUUUCUGAGUUGGAAAGCCUGUUUUUUGUCUGAAAAUGACUAAUUGCAAUAAAACCUCCAUUCCCCCUG